AUUUUUUUCCGUAAUUUUAAGAACAGAAGGGGGGUGGGGUGUAGGUUGAUUUUGAGAAGACGAGGUUGGGGGCGAGGGCGUCGUCACAGGACAUGCAAACUGAACGAUAAGAUAACAAAUUGAUAAAGGCAAAGUCAUUGUAUUCGCGGGAUUUUUCAUGGAGGCUUUAGCAGUAGCAGCUUCUGCUUCUGUCUACCCUUCUUCUUCUACUUCCAACGGUAUCAGAAACACUAUUUGCUCUUCUAAGCCCUCCAUUCUUCAGGCAUUGCGAUCAAAUUCGUUGCCCAUAAAGAUUGUAGAAGCACGAUUGUGGAGUCCUUUAUCAUGUACAUGGAGAAAUUCCAGUGAUAGGCCAAGAAACUUUGGUCUGGUUAGCAAUUUGGAUAGAUUUCCUAAAAACAGUUCCUUGUUUCAGCCAAUAUUGGGGCUUAAUAAAAGCUUUUCAUUUCUGUGUGGUUUGUUGUCGCCAAGUUGUGGAUUCCUUCUCAAAUUGUGGAAAUCUACUGCCAGUCCUAAAAAUGUAAUUUGUUGCUCAGAAAAACUUAAACAUACAUCUGUUCUUUUUGCCCGGUUGGUUGUUGGAGCAAUGCUGGUUAUGUCAGUUUCUGUUGCUGUUAGCAAGACUACUUCCUGGGCCCUCUCUGAAGAAAAUAUUAUUUUCUUGGAGGCAUGGAGAACAAUUGAUCGUGCUUAUGUUGAUAAAACUUUUAAUGGCCAAAGUUGGUUUCAAUACAGAGAAACUGCUCUGCGCAAUGAACCAAUGAACACAAGAGAAGAGACCUGGGAUGCUCAAAUAACCAUGCUGGUGGAGAGGAAAUCAUUGACCUCGCGAUGGAAGCCUGAAGACGUGGCUAUAAGGAAGAUGCUUGCCACAUUGGAUGAUCCUUUCACUCGAUUUUUGGAGCCCAAAAAGUUCAAGAGUUUGCGGUCCGGAACCCAAGGUGCUCUUACAGGUGUUGGGUUGUCAAUUGGUUACCCUACAGGAUUUGAUGGACCAUCUGCUGGACUUCUUGUUAUUUCAGCCACUCCUGGAGGUCCUGCAAAUAGGGCUGGGAUAUCAUCUGGCGAUGUGAUCUCAGCAAUUGAUGAUACAAGUACAGAAACCAUGGGCAUAUAUGAUGCAGCAGAACGCUUGCAGGGGCCUGAGGGAAGUUUGGUGAAACUAACUGUUCGUAGUGGACUUGAAACUAAGCACCUAUCUUUGAUGCGAGAAAAAGUCUCACUGAAUCCGGUGACAGCCAGACUAUGUCAGAUGCCUGGUUUGGGGAAGGAUGCCCCAAGAAUUGGAUAUAUUAAAUUAACAUCAUUCAACCAAAAUGCUUCUGGUGCUGUCAAGGAAGCAAUUGAAACAUUGAGGAGUAAUAAUGUUAACGCCUUUGUGUUGGAUCUUCGAGAUAAUAGUGGUGGUCUUUUCCCAGAAGGAAUUGAGAUUGCCAGGAUUUGGUUGGAGAAAGGUGUCAUCGUGUAUAUUUGUGAUAGUCGUGGUGUUCAAGAUAUAUAUGACACAGAUGGAAGCAAUGCAAUAGCAGCGUCAGAACCACUAGCUGUGCUGGUGAACAAGGGAACUGCAAGUGCAAGUGAAAUAUUAGCAGGAGCACUGAAGGACAAUAAACGUGCAGUGCUUUUUGGGGAACCCACAUUUGGGAAAGGCAAGAUUCAGUCAGUUUUUGAGCUAUCUGAUGGCUCUGGCUUGGCUGUUACAGUUGCUCGUUAUGAGACCCCUUCUCACAGUGAUAUUGACAAGGUUGGUGUGAUUCCAGACCACCCUCUACCCAUGCCGUUUCCCAAGGACGAGGAUGGGUUUUGUGGCUGCCUCCAGGACCCUGCAUCAGCUUGCUAUCUAAACAGAGCUGGGCUAUUUUCACAAUGACAUAAUUCUUUGCAAAAUUGUAAAGCACAUUCUUUGGGGGGAUUAUUAGUUUGUGUGAAACGUACUUUUUAGCAGUCCCAAUGCUAAGAUUUGUGUUUAGGAGGAUGAUGUUGGAACAGUGGAUUUGAAUUUUUCUCAUUCAAUCCGAACACAAUGCAAAAUUGCAUUGAUUUUGGUGAAUUCCACAAAUUCAAAUCUUAAGCUUGAAUUCAGCAUAGUGAACAUUUCAAUAAAUGUAGGGGAAUGGGAAAUAUUAAGGAGAAAAAAAGUGUUGGGUCUCGGGCUGUCUUUCACUUCUAAUGUACAGCAUAUUUUGCUCUGAUAAUUUUUCAAGAGUAAUUUCCGAUGCU